CUGUCACCCUGCCUGAAUAGUCCCGGGUAGUGCUUACGAGUGCUGGCAAGUAUCGGUCAGUUAGCACUGGUCGGUUUAUUAACGUCAACGCUCGCAAGCAGGGAGUUGAUUGGAGUCGAACGCGAUCGGUUCGGUGACAUACUGCCGUGGUGGAUCGUAAUAUGUCAUAUCGUUGCGUUUUCCACGGAGGAUCAGUCGUGGGUGUGUUUGCGACUUUGUGAGAGAGAGAGAGAGAGACAGAGAGAGUGAGUGAGAGAGAAAGAAAGAGAGAGAGAUUGUUCGUUUCGUCGUCCGUGCUAAUCGAUGCUACAGCGCGUCCGUAUUGCGUCAAUCUUGGAGGUCUUCCAUCGAGAUUUCGCGGCACGUUUAUGAUGUAGACGUACCUCUCGAGACGCACAAGGCGAGCCUCGGGAUACGCUCGAAACGGACAUUUGCUCGUGCAUCUAACAAGUGUUUCAACACACAAGCGGAAAUUUCGAAAUUCUUCCAAUCAUGCCGAUGGAAUUUUUGGAGCGGUUACCAUUUCCGAAUCUUCGAGUGUAUGCCGCCAUAAGCGUCACCAUACUUUCCUUUUCUAUAUACUAUGCCACUCAAAUAAUUAAGGAUCCUGCUUGGAAAACGAAUCAUACGCAUGUCGAUGUCGGAGUUCAUUCUGGAGGCGACAUUCUCGAUCCGACUGAUCCGAGAAGUCUUGGCACGCAUCUUAAAGAACUCUUGGAAUGUAUGGUGAUGGAACCUGUCUGUGUUUGGACUUUAGUCAACAUGGCUAACUGCAUGUUGAUUCUCCUUGGCAAAACCAUCCAAAAGCUUGUAUUUGGUGAACUUCGUGCCUCAGAGAACCAUCAUUUGAAAGACAAGUUCUGGAAUUUCCUUUUUUACAAGUUUAUCUUCGUUUUUGGAGUUUUGAAUGUACAAUACAUGGACGAAAUUGUACUUUGGUGUGUAUGGUUUUUGGCGCUUGGCUUCCUGAGUCUUCUUAGCCAACUUUGCAAAGAUCGAUUUGAAUAUCUGUCGUUUUCACCCACUACGCCAGGAUGGAGUCACGCGCGACUUCUCGUAUUGUUGGCGGCAAUACUUGUGCUAUCUUCCUUCAUGCUUUUAUUCUGCAUCGCUGCAGCUUUCUUUUUCAUAUCUUUCAAUACUUUUGCUUUUAUGGCAGCUGAGUGUAUUCUACUUGGAGUCCGUACGAUUCACGUGAUGCUACGCUACUUGAUUCAUCUGUACGAUACUCGUGGUGCCGGCACUUCGGCGCAACGAUCUUGGGAUAAACGUGGUCCAUUGACUUACUAUACGGAUUUGAUUUCGGAAUUAAUUGUACUGGCAGUCGACUUUUUCCAUCACGUUCACAUGCUUUUGUGGAGUAACAUCCUUUUGAGCAUGGCAUCGCUAGUAAUAUGUAUGCAAUUGAGAUAUCUGUUCUACGAGAUACAACGGAGAAUUACAAAACAUAGAAACUAUUUGGCUGUACUAAAUCAUAUGGAGCAAAAUUAUCCAAUGGCUUCACAAGAUGAGUUAGCCGAGAACUCUGAUAACUGCGCCAUAUGUUGGGAGAAAAUGGAAAGCGCUCGUAAAUUACCCUGUACACAUUUGUUUCACAACUCAUGCUUACAAUCUUGGUUAGAACAGGACACAUCAUGUCCUACGUGUCGAUUGGGUUUGAGUAUGCAAGCGAAUCAUAGAGAGAACACUCUAGAGAUACCUCCUGAUCCACAAACCCCUACGAGAAGAAAUAGUAAUCACUUUUUCCUCUUUCUCGAUGCAUCGAGAUAUGUAUCUUGGUUGCCUAGUUUUUCCGUCGAGGUCUCACACAACAGAUUACGUGGUAACAUAUCUACAUUUGCACAUACUAAUUCCCAAAUGGACGCAAUGACGAGACAGGUACAACUACUUUUUCCUCAUUAUCCUCGAAAUAUAAUCCUAGAAGAUCUUAGAAUGACUCGAUCAGUUGAAUGGACAAUUGAGAAUAUACUUGAUGGGAUAUUAACUAUACCACACCAUUUAAUCGAAGAACCGCAAGAAGAAUCCGUCCCACAAAUGCAAACGAUCGUGACAAAUAUUACACCCAGCUCUUCGAUCCAAAAUUCAUCGGAUCCUAGAUUCGAUAUUCCUUUUGCCGAUAGUGGAGAGGAACCUUCGAGUCUUGGUGGUCGUUUUUCGAAAUCAUCUACUGAGAGAGAACUUAUACUUCAACGACGAAAAGAACAUAUGAGAUUAACAGCACGCAGAAGGUAUUUGGAAAAACAUCGGAAAUCCGAGAUUGAUUCGACAAAUUCGCAGAUAACGAAUACUGAAAAUAUUGAAAAUACUAUAUCCUAGGUAUAAGCAGAAAUAAGAUUGAUUAAUACGAUUUUGAAUUCAAAUUACUCAGAGCUUCGUAGUUGAUAUGAAAUUGACAGAUGUACAUUUUAUUUUAUUUUUUUUUUUUCCGAAUACGAGACAAGAUUGUGGAAUAUACAAAGCGGUGCAUACCUUUGUUUGCUGAUAACUAAUUAUUAAAUAUAGCAAGAGUUAUCAAAAAAUCUCUUUGUGUAUUUAAUAAUUAGUGCUUUAACCUUCUGAAAACAACAAAUUAAAGUCGCAGUCAAGAGAUUAGAUAUGACAUUUAGAAUAUUGAGAGGUUGUGAACGAUAUACUCAUGAACGAUUAGUAUUGAACCAAUUACUCAAUGCCAUCAAGUUAUGAUGAAAGCUACAAUGAGACGACUAAAUUAUAAUAGAAGAUGUUAAGAUUUUUACGUAAUUUAAAUCAUGCUAAUGAUAAAUACCUACAGCGACAUGUAGUACACACGCGUUUUGAAAGAAAAAUUGUUAGAGAGAGAAUAACUUUAUUGGAUUUUGUAAAGCUCUUAAGCUGCAUUGUCGUCCACUUUCUAACGAAUUAAAAUUUUUGUUUUAAAGCUUUCUACUUUUCUUUUAUAUUUUGC